AUGUCGGACCUGUCGUCGUGGCAUCGACCUGUGGGAUCCACUACGCAGUCGACAGCACCCGUAACGCCUCUAGACCCAGCAUGGGAUUCUGAAUUCCAGCCAUGUGCAUCAACAGCUUCGUUGUUCCUAUUCUCACAAGGCUCGGUCAUUCUCUGUCUGCAUCACGACACCUUGGCAAUCGAGCGUCGGUUCACACUUCAUGAAGAAAGGAUAGCCUUUAUAUGUGUCGAUAAUGUCAGUGAACGGGGUGCCGGGCGACUGGUCGUCAGCUACGACUUUGCACAAACUGCAAUUGUUUGGGACCUUUUCACUGGAAGCGAGAUCUCGCGAUUUGCCUCCUAUGAACCUCUCCGAGUAGCAGCUUGGAUGCGGAAUGGAAAUGUGGCUUUUGGCAACGGCAAGGGCGAUGUGAUCUUGUUUGAACCUUCGACUUCAGAACACUUAUCAGCCCGAACAAUCUUUGACCCUAUAACAUCCUUAGCCCCCUCGGCGGACUGCCGGACUUAUGCAAUUGGAUAUCAAAAUGGCUCGAUCCUCAUAGCUACGUUGCAUCCCGCGUUCACGAUUCUUCAUACCCUUUCUACCAGCCGCGGUCCAUCCCCAAUAGCAUGUCUCGCCUGGCAUGCAUCUUCUUCGAAACAAAAGUCAGAUAUGCUCGCCACACAAACACUGGACGGCGAUCUUCGAGUAUGGAGUGUAGCCAAGGCACCAUUGAAUGAAUCACCGCGAGUUAUUCGUGCAUUGAAACGCACAGAACCAUACUCCACAGGCCCGAAAUGGAUAUCCUGGUCCAAGAAUGGCAGAAUCGUACAAUAUUCAGACAGGGAAACUUGGGUAUGGGAUGUCAGGACCAAACAUGUCACAUACGUAACUAUCCCCACGAUCGAAGACGUCCUUGGUAUGGCCAAUUACGGCCCAACUUCGGCUCUCUUUACCCUUGGCCCCAACAACACCGUCCAGCAAUAUGAUUUAGACAAUCCAGCCAUGGUCAAGAAUGUCAGACACCUUCCAAUGGACCAGAUAGCAAUUGUCGAAGAGUCAAAAAUUAGGCCAAUGUCACCGGGUUACUUUUCGAGGGGAAGCGGCACUCGAAGCGCUCAGGGUUUCCGAGGUCCGGAAGUUUCCAUACAGGAACUUGCAAGCCAGCAACGAGCAGCCACCGCUAGUCCAAUGUCACAGCGCAGCCGUACUAAUUCAAUCAGCUCACAUGCUUCGUCUGGCCGUGUCCGACCUUUCUCUCCUGUCAACAAAUCAACAUAUAGUGGAACCACCUUUUCCAUGACCUCGCCUCUUGGUCGUCUACCUUCUCAGUCUGGAACAUCCAUUGCAUAUGGCUCUACCGCCUCAGUUUCUUCUGUUCGCUCCCGAGGUGGUUCACGUCUUCGAAACGAAGUCACCCAAAGCCCUGUCGACAAACCAUUGGUAGACUUGUUCCCAUUCACGAGAGAACGAGUCAAUGAAGUUUCGUAUAUGCAGCAAGUACCACCACUUGACGAGUCUCGCUUAACGCCUGAAGCAUUGCGACAACAGAUGCUUCGCGUUGUUUUCGGAUGGGAGGGAGGCGUUGAAAGCCUUAUUAGGGAGGAGUUAAAUCGACAUCCCCCGGCUAGUCAAAAUGCCAUAUUCCUCUCACGUUGGCUGGGCGAAAACGAUCCCAUGCAAAUGAUGGCUAUGCUUAGUUCAGGCCCCGUCAAUUCCUCUGCGUGGAUGUUCCUGGCUCUUAGUCAAAUGGGUGGCGAAGAGCAGGCCAACCAGGUCGGUCAGAAUUUCGUUCAAAGGUUACUCGAAAUUGGUGACAUUCAUGCUUCUGCCACGAUUCUUCUGGCUCUCGGAGACCGUAAUGAUGCAAUUGAGGUCUAUGUGUCUCGGAACUACUUCAUGGAAGCCAUUCUCAUGACCUGUCUCCUACUACCAAGUGACUGGCAGCGACAGUCAUACCUUGUCCGCCGAUGGGGCGAACAUGUGGUGUCCAAUGCUCAACAGCAACUAGCCAUUCGAUGUUUCAUGUGCACAGGAGCAGAACCCUCCGAGCCAUGGAUGUCCCCUACCGCACCCAACGCACCUUAUCGUAUCGCAUCGCCAGUUUCGGAACCCCAACCGAAACCGGUCGACCAAAUGCUGAAGCCGGAAUCUGCCAAUCGAAUGACCGUGAAGAACUCAGCUCUCAAACUUAUUACUUCUUUCGGACCUCAGGGAAAUCAAGCAUUCAAAUUUCCCGGUCUCAAGUCAGAUGAUCGCACUCCAACCAAUGCACCCGGCAUUACGCCUAUCGCUGAAUCGGCUGUUGGAGAGUCUGCUCUUUCGCCAGGAGGUCUCGGAUCGUACAGGCUCAACAAUGCGCGCAGCCUCAAUAACACAUUGUCCAGAGUCGGAACACCUAGUCAUGCACACCGACACCGACUACCUUCGAUUGGCGAAACUCCAGUAGACGUGCAGCCUCCCAACUUUCCUCCAAGAUCUCUUCCCACGCCGGUUGAUUCGAGCUCCGAGAAAGGAAAACGCCAUGUAUCCAGGUCCGAUCAUAACGAAUCGAGUGACAAUAACGAGCCACCCGUGCUGUUGUUGACUUCGGCACGCUACGAACCAGGCAAGGACAGUCACGGCCCGAGUCCGCAAACUGCCGUGCAGACAACAACACACAAGUUUGAAGGUAUCAAGGGACUUCCAUCACCUGCUGCAGGAGUUUUCGAAACACUCAAAGGGCAAGCCGCGGCCAGAAACGGCUCUCGUGACCGUAAGCCAGAAGGGCUACAUAUCCAAUGGCCACCAGUUGAUACAUCUGAGUCUGAGGCCGGUCCAUACACGGACGGCACCAAUGGCGCCACGCCGUCUUCGGUAUUUCAGAGCUUACGAUCAGCAAAAAGUCCUAGUGUCAGCAGCCGCAGCAUUGAUCAAUACAUCAGUAGCCUAGAUGAAGCUAAUUAUUAUGCUAAAAACGUCCAUCGCCCUCAAACCAAGACUCGACGACAUGGCGACACAGGCAGCGAACACGGAAAGAAGAGCUCUAGGAAUGGUUCUGUAGACUCUCGGGGACGGGCAACCAACCGAUAUAUUGCGCCUGCCAAGCGUUCACCAAGUUCGCCCGUUCCAAUGUCCCCGGAGGAGUUUGCCAAAUACAACGCAAGCGUGGACAGUCUCGGCACAGACGCCUCGAAGCAUCGCAGCAGAAGCCAUACCAAAGGCAGCUCUCGUGUUCGUAGCUCAUCCAAAAACGACCCCCAUCAACGAUCGUCGUCUAGGGGGAUUGAUCGGAAGCAAAAGGUAAAGAGUCGCAAUAGCAGCCGUCGCCAGAGCCGAGGACGCAGUGGUGAUAGGAGCAAAUCGGGCAUUAGGUCACCGACCUCGCCUUUGCCAAUGUCUCCUUCUGAGGAUGUGAGGGGAUUUGAAGAUAGCCUCCGCUUUGUUACUAGUGACCGCGAACGACUACACCGGUCUCGACAGCGAAGUUCCAGUCGUCGCGGUACCAGUAGCGCCAGACGUGACCCUUCGCCGGACAAGCGACGUGCCAGAGCCCGAUCAAGCAGUCGCCAGCCUCGAGAACCCACUUAUGAGCACGAGAGUACUUCUCAAAUUAUGUUGUCAAGCGAAUCUUUUGAAGAUACUUCAAGAGCAGAAUUUUCUCGCAAUUCUAACACGGUUUUGAGUGCGCACGAACGCGCAAAGAGGGAACUGGCAGCAGCAGAACUCGAGGCCCGACGACUCUCACUAGCUCGCCGCCCCUCUGCUCCCAAAAUCCCACACCCCGGUGACUUUCAGACCGCUGCAAUGAUGUCUGCUGUUGGUGGAAAUCUACCGGAAAGCCCUCCUUCGUCAGGCGGGUCUUUUAACAAACGGAUCCGAUCCAAGAGCAACGCCAGCAAGAGGUCACCGACCUUUGCAAAUGGCUCUGAUUCAGGUUCGUCUACACGAGGACGUUCUGGGACCGUUGGCCUCCCAGCUACUCCAAAGGCAAUGCGACGUCCUAAAUAUAGCGAUGGAUACGUUGAUGACGAGGCACCAGCCAUGCCAGAAAUGCCUCUGACGCUCCCGAGCACGGUCUAUCAAGCAGAAGCAGCUGGAAUCACCCGAUCCAUGUCAGUACCCGUGGUUGAAUUUCACCAAACACCAGUUCCCGCCGACCUUCCACAUCACCCAAGGUUUAUCCCUCAUAUGCCGCGAAGCAGGUCAACCAGCAGGACACGAGGACCACGGGGGCAUCGACGUGAGAACUCUGGGGAGCUUGGAAUGUCAACUUAUGGAUCACCCCCGUCGGUUUCUGUGAGCAUUGAGCCCGACAUUAUUGUGGACAACACGAAGAUCAUUCCGCCAAUUCUUCCGGAACUACAGCAUUUAAACACGCCUCCACCGCCACCUCCUGCUCCUAGAGGAAGAGAGGUUGCGUCGAGCCAGAUUAUUACAGAUAACGCUCGUGUAGGCCAUGAACUUACACGACCAAUGACGACCGGUGCCGACGCGCCGUCUAUGCGCAGGAUGUCAAUUGAUCAUCGACGAGGUCGUAGCAUCAACGAGACUUUUGCAAGUAAAUUCAGAAACUUGACCGGUCGAAUGCGCAGCACUAGCCGUGGACCUGGUGUACGGUCCCCACCAACAGAAACUGAUAAGAACGCGAUCUCUCCAUAUGAGAGCGUUCAAAUGCCACGCGAUUGA